UAGAGGGGGCAGUACUUCCGCUGCAUAUUUCCGGUUACACAACGUAAACAGGAGAAGAAGCAGCACCUCAGAACCAAAACAUCCAGGACUGUGGAGUUAUAAGAAUGCCUUUCCAUUUUUGCCCCCAAUGCGGGACAAAGCUGCAGCCUGAUUUCAGAUUUUGUCCAUCCUGUGGAGAAAAACUUCCCUGCCCUUCUGAUAAAUUUGGGUCAUUGCACUCCACCACCAUUUCUAGGGAUGAAGCAGCAACAUCAGUUAUUAAAACAAGCCCUGCUUCAAGCAAGAAUUGUGCUUCUAUAGAAAAUACGGUUUCACCCCGUCCUGCACUGCGAAAGACCCGUAAAACUCUGCACCUGGAGAAAGCAGUUACAUUUAACAUCAAGAGUGCUUCUCUAGAUGUGGGGCCUUCCACUCAGCUUACCAGAGAUGACAAGACUGAAGAUAAUGGUGGGUGUCUGGUAUCUCCACUGAAGCAACACAAAGUCACUGUCAACGCCGAUACAGAGGAGCUUACGUCAGAGUGUUCAUCCCCUGUUGUAAAAUCCCUUCGAACCAUCAGGGGAAAGACAAAACUCUCUAGUCCGGCUAAGGAGCACACAGGUGGGAAAACCGAGGAAACAACAGUUGAUGGCGCUUCAUCUGUUUCCUCGCCAACCACCAGGUCUCCUUUAAAAGGGAGAAACAAAGCCAAGAAGACGAAACAUGGGCCUGCAGUGGAGCCACUGCAGGAGGGCGAGGAAGUGGCGGACACGACGGGUAAGAAGUGGAAGCUGACGAAGCUGCUCAGCCAGAGCACAACAGAGCUCCUCUAUGAAGUUUCUCGACCCAAUUUCAAGGAAUCAGGUCACAUCCUCAAACUGGGAGCUAAAGAUGGGAGAAUCUUCAAUGAGCAGAACUUUCUGCAGAGAGCUGCAAAACCUGCAUCUGUGGACAAGUGGAUCAAACAGAACAAGAUGGAUUUUCUGGGGAUUCCUCCUUGCGUUGGCUUCGGUCUUCAUGCAGAUAGUUACAGGUUUCUAAUUUUCCCCAACAUCGGCCGCUCUCUCCGCUCUGUCAUUGAAGAAGAAAACAACCUUCUGCCUGAGAAAGUUGUUCUUCAGCUCGUCUGUAGAUUACUGGAUGUGCUGCAGUUCAUCCACUCAAACGAGUAUGUUCAUGCUGACAUUAAUGCAGACAACAUCUACGUCAAACCAGGACAGAAAUCACAGGUUUACCUGGUAGGAUAUUGCCAUGCCUUCAGGUACUGUCCUGGAGGCCAGCAUGUGGAGUACCGUGAGGCCAGCAGAACACCACACGAGGGUGCUGUGGAGUUCAUCAGCCUGGAUACACACAAGGGAGCAGCCCCGUCUCGCCGCAGUGACUUGCAGUCUCUGGGUUACUGUAUGUUGCACUGGCUCACAGGGAAGCUGCCGUGGUCUGAACUCCCUCAACCAGGUCAAGUGGCCGCCCAGAAACAGAGAAUAAACAGUUUAGGACCUAGGAUUGACCCUGGAGGUUCAUGGAGGAUGUUAACGCCCUUUUCAGCCACUGUGUUGGGAAAAAGAGAGUUUCAAGUGCAUUUAAAACCUAUCUGACGUCAGUGAUGGCUCUGCAGUACUCGGAGCAGCCUGACUACUCCGGGCUGAAGGGCGGACUCAGCGCUGCGUUACAAGAGCUGGGCGGUUUGGUGGAGCUGCCGCUCAAUUUGUAGGUGAGGACGGCCCUCGGUUGGUCACAUACUCCUGGAUACACCUGGUCACCACUGGAGUUUCACUUGAAGCUGAUUUAUUAAACAGGUGGUUUUAAUGUUGUGGUUGAUUGCUGUAAAUCAGUUUUUGUGUGUGUUAAGAUUUCUUUCUUGUUCCAAAAAGCACUGGAGAAGAUGUCAGGUUGUCAAAACAUUCUGGUUUCGUCUGAGUUUAGUCUUUUCUCUGCACAGACUCUGGAUUUUAACUGGCGGUAAGUUUCUACGCUUGAACUGUAGGAUCUGCCUGUAAAAUCACAUCUCAGUUCAUCUGUACACCUAAAAACUAAAAUACUGUCCCCCCAUUCAAAGUGUGUCAUUCACUCCGAAUGAAUGAAUUCUUGUUUCUACAAAUUGAAUUCUGGAUCUGUUGCUAGUUUUUACCUGCGUGUGUCAUGGUGGAAAAUUAAGAAUUAUAACUUUUACAAGCAGUACCAGAAACCUCAACCAACCAAAUAGUCUAACUGAUUGUGGUCUCACAACUGAUCAUUGAAACAGGUGUCAGGCCUGCCCUCUAUCAAGCAUUACAUCCCUGUGAAUCCUGCAUAAUUCUAUAGCAGCAAUCAUGGUAUAACAUUCUCUAGUCUCUGUGUAACCUGUUAGAAAAAUCCAGAUAAAUAAGUUCAUUCUAAAGCUUACUGUUCAUGCUGCAAGUUCACACUUUUAGAGUUUGCCAUCUGGAUUCAGAUGGUUGAGUAAGAGGACACAACUGAGAUCAAUUUCAGUGAAGAUAGAAAAUGUUCCUCUUUUUUCUAAGUAAAAAUGACACCCUGGGGUUGAAUCUGAUGUUAACUACCAAGUGUUUUGAACCCCUUAAAGUGUGACGUUAAUUUAUAUCUUCUUUCCACAGAAAUUGAACCAUAGGACUGCCGCUUU